GAUAUUCUAAAGCCGAGAUCAUGAAGCCUUCGUACCCGCAGCCUUCUUCUUCCACCCUCACCCUCACCCUCUUCCUCCUCCCCCUCUUCCUGCUCGCCCUCAUCUUCCUCCUCGUCUACCCUAACGAGUCGAAGCUCCAGGCAGGCCCAGCCACGGACUGUUCUCGCUCCUCCUCAGUACUGCACGACGCCUUCACCUACGGUAUUACCGUCAAGCCGGAUCUCCGCCUCCUUAUCGGCAUUCUCACCCUCCCUGACAGCUACGAGCGACGCCAGCUAGUCCGCCAUGCCUACUCCCUGGGCCAGCCAGCUCACGCUGCCCACGUUGAUGUCCGCUUCGUGUUUUGUAAUUUAACCAAAGAAGAGCAGCGCGUGCUCGUCGGGCUAGAAAUAAUGCAGUAUGACGACAUCAUCAUCCUCGACUGCCAGGAGAACAUGGACGGCGGUAAGACCUACACUUUCUUCUCCAGCCUCCCGAGGUUGUUCGCCGACGCCCCGUACGACUACGUGAUGAAGACCGACGAUGACACCUACGUGCGGGUCGCCAACCUUGUCGGCGCCCUGAACAGCAAGCCGCGGGAGAGCCUCUACUUCGGGCUUAUGACCCCGUGCUUUGGGGUUCACUCUGAGAAUCGGUAUAUGUCGGGACUAGGAUACGUGUUGUCGUGGGACCUGGUUGAGUGGAUUUCGAAGUCCGACGUAGCGCGGGAGCAUCAGACGGGGCCGGAGGAUCUGGUGACCGGCCGAUGGUUCAAAGAGGGCGGCCGAAGUGUGCAGAUGUAUGACGCAACACCGGCGAUAUACGACUACAUGGAGAUGCCGUACAUGUGCUACCGCCACGAGUUCAUCCCAGAAACCAUCGCCGUGCACAAGCUCAAGGGCAACUUGAGGUGGGCGAGAACGCUCCAGUACUUCAAUGUCACGGAGGGGAUAAAACCCUCCAACCUCUAUCAUCUCUCUUUAUCAAAAAAAAAAUAA